AUGGGAUUGAUUAUGUGGGAUCUUCAAAUGGUGCCCGCUCACACUGAUGAAUGUGGCAGAACUGAACAGACUCAACUGAGUGAUAUAGACAUUGAUGCGAGUUUAGACAUGAUUGGUCACAUGCGCAGUAGUCUGGAUAUACUAUCCAGACGUGUUAACGACAUGCGUGCACCGCAUAGCCUGACGGCAGAAGAAUAUGCAUCAUUGUUGAAUAUUCGUUUCAAUGAUGCACCUGAGAUUAGGCGUAAUAUGUCCAGCGCUGGUCAAAAUAGAAGGAAUACUGGCGCCAGCUCAGACCGAAGAGAUGAAUAUUCACAUAGGGAUACACAUGAGGAUGGGGUGGAGCGCAGGACAGGCAACACAGCUAGCAGCGACAGACAAGUAAGCAUUAGCGAGUACGACCACGAUUCCUCAGUACGAAUUAGCCCCACUUACCCACGCACUACAGAUAACGAUGGUCCGCCAGAGCUGAUGUCGGAUUCCAGUCAAGACUCGUCCUCCUCGGAUGGCAUGCCUGCGCUGAUCUCAUUUGCGACACCAGAUAUGCUGGCCAGGUGGAUGGCCAUGGCGAUAGAGGCGAUUGAGAUUCUCCUGAGUGUAGAUCGAAUAAAGUGGUCUAGUCCGCCCGUAUUAGUUGGUAUUGUGAUGACACAUCGUUCGUAUACCUGCUUCGCUGAGCAACACAUUAACGGUUGUGUAGUCCACACUUAA